AUGCCAAAAAUAAAGUUCACCAUUCUCUUACAUCACUUAGCUAUCAACUUGCUCCCUCUUCGCCAUGCCAUCAUUAUGUUUCCGUACCCUGCUCCUUCAGUCUUAUCAAUUGAAAUGACUUCGCAGCAUUCCUGGUUCCGGGGCCCCGAGCUCCGUAGUAUUGUCUUCGAUGCUGGAUUGUCCUCAAGCGCGUUAACGAACACGAGCACCGAAAAAAUCCCGACCACUCCGCUAUCUCCUAUGCCUCCGUCAAGUACCAGUGCAACAAACACGGAGAUGCUAGCAAAAUCGCGUUCGCAAGCUAGGGCGUGGACUCCGCCCGAGCUAGUAGCAUAUAAGACUCUUACCGAUAAGCAGUCGGAAGUCACCCCCCGCCUCCUAGGAUAUAGGGAAGAGGAGCAAGAGAGCUCUGCUCUUGUACCCGCUGGCUUCCUGGUCUCGUUGCGUGGGAGCAAGUGCCUGUUUGGUAUUCCGCCUCCGGUAAUUUUUAUGGUCGGCUUCCGUCAGUGGUUUGAGGUUAAGCCAACACCCUGGAAUGAGGCAAAGCCCUACUGGUUCGACCUAGCUAAGCCACCCCAAAGGGUCAACUGGUCUGAAUGGAUCAACAACCCUGAUACUUCUUAUUAG